AUGGAACUGGAAAUAAGAAAACCAGUUAAAAACCAACAACAACAGCAACAACAACAAAAUCAAGGAAAUAAUGAAUUGUUACAUACAUCUUCUAGUACAUUAUGCUCAUUUAUGUCAGCUACACCCAAUUGGACAAAUGCUGCAUUAAUUGGUGAACAUUUAUGGAAUGAUACAACUUCUACGGAAACGUGCUAUGUUGAUGAAUCAGAAUGUACUAAAUCUGGAGCGAAAAGGAAAUGCUCUGUUUGUCAUAUUGUUUGUCAUGUAAAUUGUCUUCCAUUGGUUCAGGUAUCUUGUAGACCAACAUUUCGUGAAGCAUUUAUUCAUGAUUAUCGUACAGAAAAAACGUAUACAACACAUCAUUGGGUUAAACGACGAAAACAAAAUAAAAAAUGUAACCAUUGUGGAAAGUCUUUACAAUCAAUACUGGGAUUUUCAUCUAAAGAAUAUAUAACGAUUCAAUGCACUUGGUGUAAAAUAGGUUAUCAUAAUAAAUCAACUUGUUUUCGUGAAUCAUAUUUCACUGAACCAUGUUCAUUAGGACCAUAUUCAUGUUUAAUUGUUCCACCUGAUUGGAUUAUUAAAUUAACUGAAAGAAAUAAUCACAAAUUAUCCUCCUCUCCAUCAUCAUCAACAUCAACACCAUUAACAUCUAUAUCAAUAUAUCGAUCAAAUAGUUUUGUUACACCUUCAUGUUUAACAAAUUAUAAAUUAAAUUCAUCUCCACUACGUUCUUCAUAUUCUCGUUCAGAUAAUCUUAAUGAUUCAAAUCAAUUAAUUCAGAAUAUAUCAGAACAAUUAACUUCCAUGACAUCUAUAAUAACAAAUGAUGAUAAUGAUAAUAAACAAUCUAUUUCAAUGAGUCAAUCCAAUAUGAUUGAUAUUCAAUCGAAUCUAUCAUUUGUGAUUAAAACAAAUCCAAUCAAUAAUGUUUCUUUAAACCCAUUAUUAGUAUUUCUUAAUCCAAAAUCUGGUGGUAAUCAAGGUAUAAAUUUAUUAAAAAAAUUUCAAUGGUUAUUAAAUCCACGUCAAGUAUUUGAUUUAUCUAAAGGUGGACCAAAAAUGGGUUUAGAAUUGUUCAGUCGUGUACCAAAUCUACGUAUCCUAGUAUGUGGUGGUGAUGGUACAGUUGGUUGGAUAUUUUCUACUAUUGAUUCAAUGAAUUUUAAUACAAUACCACCAGUUGCUGUAUUACCAAUAGGUACUGGAAAUGAUUUAGCUAGAGCAUUAAAUUGGGGUUCAGGUUAUAUUGAUGAAUCUGUAUCGAAAAUAUUAAACUCCGUUUUCGAAGGUCGUGUUAUUGCGUUGGACAGAUGGCAAGUGAAUAGUGAAGUACAAACAGAUUUUCAAACAACUCAACAACUAACCGACUAUGAAGAUGAUGAUUCCACAAGAAAUAGACCAAUUUCUGAUACAUUACCCUUGAAAGUUUUCAAUAAUUAUUUUUCUCUUGGUGCAGAUGCUGCAACAGCAUUACAAUUUCAUGAAUCAAGAGAAGCAAAUCCUGAAAAAUUCAAUAGUCGUUUAAAAAAUAAAUUAUUUUACGCUGGACUUGGUGGUAAAGAUCUGCUUCGACGAAGUUGGCGUGAUCUAUCGGAACAUAUUACACUUAUUUGUGAUGAUGAAGAUUUCACUCCACUUAUUCGUAGUUUGAAACCACAUUGUAUAUUGUUUCUAAAUAUUCCAAGAUAUGGAUCUGGCACCUUACCAUGGGGUCAGCCAACAGCAGAAUUCCAACCUCAAAGAAUUGAUGAUGGAUAUAUUGAAGUCAUAGGUCUUACAUCGACGUCAUUGGCAACUUUACAAAUAGGUGGACAUGGUGAUCGAAUUUGUCAAUGUCGUCGUGUACAUCUUACAACAGAUAUUGUUAUCCCUAUGCAAAUGGAUGGUGAACCAUGUCGUUUAAUGCCAUCAAAAAUUGAUGUAUUCUGUUCACAUCAAGCAUUAGUCAUACAAAAAUUAACACGUUCACCUAUCUCAGCUGUAACACUUAACGAAGAUGGAAAUCAUCUACAAUGGAAAACAAUUGGUGGUUAUGAAACAAGAAUAAAUGUAUUUGUGAUUGCUUUAAAAGAUUAUAAUGAAAUGUCCGAUGAUGUAAUCAGUUUACGUCAAACUGCUGUGUGGAUCGGUAUUAUUACUGCAAAAUAUGAUACAGACUUAUCAACUGUAAGAAAAAUUAUUACUCAAUUGAAUAAAGAUAAUGCUCAAGAGAAUUUAUACAAUGAAAACUCUCAAUCCAUAGAAACUAAUCUAAAAAUUCGAGUUCAUUUAUCGGAUUCUUGGGUUUUUAUUGAUUCAACCACUGCAGCUAGUCGAUUUUUUCGUAUUGAUAUAGAACAAGAAAAUGUACAUUUUUUAACGGAUGUUUGUAAUAUGGAAGAUUUAUUUCUUAUUGAUUCUAUAUUAGAAUCCUCUCUGACAUAUAAUAAUAAUAAUAAUGAUAAUCCAAUAGCUAAUUCUUUAAUUGAUCAUCAUGUCUUACUUCCAUUACCAUCUAAUUCAUCAUUACUGCAAGAUGAUAAUGAUAAUGAUGAUAAAGAUGAUAACCAAUUAAAUCGAUCAAGAGUCAAGGAAAGUUUAACAUGUGAAACAAGUUAUGAAAUCAAAGUUGUUGAACCGGAAGAUGAGGAUCAAUUACAUAAUAGAUUACAUCCAAUUGACGCAAGUAAUCUUAUAGCGUCCAAUAAUGAGAAUGAGAAUGAUGAUCAUGAUGAUGAUAACUCCAUCGACGACGAUGAUAAUGCUGUUGCUGCUGAUGAUGAUGAUGAUGAUGCUGAUAAUGAUGAAUGUCUUAUUAAAACUCAAUCACAAAACAACUUCAUUUCCACAAAUAAUACAUCUUUUGAAAGGGACAUUUUUAGUCCAAAUGAUGAUAUCAUCAGUUCAACCUUAUAUCUAACUCAAGUUUUUGAUAAAGAAUCCCCUAGUGACAAACAAGUACAACAAAUAAAUAAUAAAAUAAAUAUAAUAAAUAAUAAUCCAAUUGAUUUAUGCCAAGAUAAUCCUUUUAUGUAUACAAUAUAUGAAAUGAAUCCGUUUAAUUAUAAAAACAAUUAUAUCAUUACUAAUACUAAUGAUGAUAGUGAUAACAGUAAUAACAGUACUACCACUACUACUACUACUAAUAGUAGUAUUCAAGAUACAUCAAGUACUUUAACAAAACACUACUCGACUAAUAUUCUCUUUAAUAAUGAUAAUAAUAAUAAUAUUCCAAUCGAUUUAUCAUUGUUACAACAGCAUGAUGUAUGGUCUUCCCCAAAUGAUUCCAUUAAAUUCAUCAAUUCAAAUAGUGAUAUAAUAAUGAAAAAAAAUAUUGAAAUGGAAUUUCAACAAUAUAAAGAACAUAAAGAAGUAUUAUUAACAAACUAUGAAAAUAAUAAUUAUACUAGUGAAUCUAGUAAUGAUACAAUGGAAAUACAAAUUAUAUCUAGCGAUGAAGAUGACGUUCAUAAUAAUACUACUACUAAUGAUGAUGAUGAUGAUAUUGAUAUGAAGGUGACAGGAUCUAUUCAAGGAAUUAAUGAUUUAUCAUUGAAAUCUAAAAAUUAUCAUCAUCAUCAUCAUCGUCAGAAGCCUGAAAAAUUGAUUAGUCCAAUUACAUCACAACAAUUACAACAUUGUCUCAAUAAAGCUCUUCUUAGAGCAUCACAUAAUGGUUUAAUUAAUUAUAUUGAAUUAUUGUUAAAUACUGGUGCAAGUAUACAUGCAUUAGAUAAAUAUGGAAGAUCAUGUUUACAUUUAGCAGCAAAAUUUGGACAUGUAAAAGUUAUUGAAUAUCUUUUAAAGUACAUUCCAGAAAAACUAAUCGACUUACAAGAAUAUGAAAAGAACCAAACAGCACUACAUAAAGCCGCGGCAAGUCGAAGGAGGGUCAUCUGUAAAAUUCUAAUCACAGCUGGAGCCUGCCCAAUAAUUACUGAUAUUUAUGGGCAACAACCAAGUAAUUUGGCACUAAAAGCAAAUGACCCACAACUUGCUACUUACCUAAAAAGAGAAGAAAUAUUGUUCAUUAUUAAAAAUGGAGUUGAGAAAGUAGAUGUGUAA